AUGAGUAAUACAGCACAUCAUCUUGAUACUAAUGAUAUGAAUGCUUGUAUAUACGAAAAUUGUUUUAAUUUAACAGCUAGUGCAACAAGGACUGUGGGAAGCGUUCAACAUUUCGUACUUCCGGCCAACUACAGCGGCUGGUACUGGACUAGGGAAAGUACAACCGAAGAAAGAAUAAACUACUUCACCGAGGACAUUGGUCUCAACACAUUCUACUUCCUGGUGAACCACGACUUCCCUCGCUUCAUGCCAAGCACUAAAUACGACUUGCCUAGCCAGUUUCGUGGGGAAUACUACUUCUUUAUACACAAACAAAUGUUGAACAGAUACAACCUAGAAAGAUUGUCAAACGACAUGGGUCCAAUUGAGUACGUGAGCGUGGACAAGCCCAUUGUAAAUGGAUACUAUCCUACGAUGCACCAUCGUAAUGGACUUCCUUUCCCUCAAAGAGAAACCAACGGAAUCAUACCUCUUCAUAUGCAUAACUAUGUCCAGAUGCUUAAGGACCUCCACCAGAGAAUUUCGACCGCCAUCGACAUUGGCUACGUCGUGGACAAGGCAGGUCAUCAUAUCAACAUCUACACAGAAAAUGGAUUAAACAUUCUGGGUAACAUCGUAGAAGGUAAUGCAGAUAGUAUCAACAUACAGCUCUAUGGACAGUUGGAUCUAGUUUUGAGGAGACUCCUUGGAUUCGGUUUCCAAUCCAAUGUCCAAUAUCAAGUCGUACCCGGUGCUCUCGAAUACAUGAGCACCAGCUUGAGGGAUCCUGUUUUUUACAGCAUGUAUAAGGAUAUUCUCACUUACUACCACAGAUACAAGAAGAACCUGCCACUGUACAAGACAGAAGAAUUGCUAUUCCCUGGCGUGACCGUCACUUCGGUAACCGUAGACAGGCUUGUGACGUACUUCGACUAUUUCGAGACGAUGCUGAACAAUGGAUUGUCGAUUCAAACUCACAACCAAGCCGCGAAUACCCUUAUUCUGGCACGCCAGCAACGCCUGAAUCACAAACCGUUUACGUACCACAUUGUCGUAAACAGUGACAAGAAUACCAGGGCGAUGAUCCGUAUCUUUCUUGGACCGAAACGCGAUGUUUACGGACACGAGCUUCGUUUAGCGGACAACUACAAGAACUUCCUGCAAGUGGAUGAAUUUCUCGCGGACCUGAAAGCCGGAACCAACAACGUCGACAGAGGAAGCCACGAAUCCACUUUCGUCAUCCCAGACGAAGUUCCUAGCCAUGCAUUUUACAAGAACAUUGUGGCGAACAUCAAAGGCACCGAGACCUACAUCCAAACCGUGUCCAAGUAUGGUUUCCCCGACAGACUAAUAUUACCUAAGGGCAGAAAAGAGGGUAUGGAGUACCAACUGUUCGUGAUUGUUUCGCCAAUCGACACGGACAAGUUCACGCACGUCAGGGUAGCUAGCUUGGGCGAUCUUCCGGUUGACGGACGCCCCAUGGGAUUCCCCCUAGACAGACCCGUUCAUCCGCGCCACUUCAUGGUACCCAACAUGGCGUUGACUGAUGUAGUCAUUUACCACAGUGAGAUGGACGAGUUAAACGUUACCGCUUAAACUCUACAAAUAUAUAGUAUUCUUAAGUUACUAGA